AUGACCGAUAUUGCAAAGCAGCUCCAUAUAGCACAACAAUGUUAUGAAGACAUGACAAGGCGAAAGAAGAAGCCAUCGGGUUGGAAGCUAAGCAUUGGAAAGAAGGUGAACUUGUUUAACUUCCACAAAACCCUUAUAGAGCUGAAUUUGGCCGGUGAAAAGCUUGAAGAUGAAAGCCUAAAGGAUGCCAAGAAUUAUGUGAGGACCAUGAAUGUCAUACUUGCUCUCAAACGUAAACUGUCGUGA